AUGUCAAAUUUGAAGAAACGUCACUCCAAGUCCUCGGGGGAAUCAGGCGUCCACGAAGAAGUGUUUUCUCUGGUUGAAGGCAGUGCGCUCUCAAACCCAACUGAAAGAAAGACGAGUAAAUUUGGCAGCAUCUCCGGGGAGAACACAGUUGAACUGAAAAGAACUAUAACUCUACUGAAUGGUGUUGCUAUCAUCGUGGGUAGCAUCAUCGGCUCGGGGAUAUUCGUGACACCCAUCGGGGUAGUGAAGGAAGCUGGUUCUGUCGGACUGUCGUUGAUCAUUUGGGCAGUGUGUGGGUUGUUCUCGACAGUGGGGGCCCUGUGCUAUGCAGAAUUAGGGACCACCAUCACCAAAUCUGGAGGAGAUUAUGCCUACAUUCUUGAGGUCUAUGGGUCUCUUCCUGCAUUCCUAAAACUCUGGAUAGAACUACUGAUCAUCCGCCCUUCUUCUCAGUACAUCGUUUCUUAUGUAUUUGCCACUUAUUUACUCAAACCCGUCUUCCCGUUCUCUCCGGUACCAGAAAAUGUCGCUAAAUUGAUCGCCUGCCAGUGUAUAUUGCUCUUGACAGCAGUAAACUGCUGGAGUGUGAAGGCUGCCACAUGGGUUCAAGAUGUCUUCACUGCAGCCAAGCUCCUCGCUCUGGUGCUCAUCAUCCUCCUCGGCUUUGUGCAGAUUGGCAGAGGAGGGACGGAGCGUCUUUGGCCAGAGAACGCAUUCGAAGGGACAAGGACGGACGUUGGCAGCUUCGGGUUGGCCCUGUACAGUGGCCUGUUUGCCUACGGAGGCUGGAAUAAUUUAAAUUUAGUCACAGAAGAGAUGAUUGAGCCGCACAAGAACCUGCCGCGUGCCAUCAUGCUCUCCCUGCCCAUGGUGACGGUGGUGUAUGUCCUUACUAACCUGGCCUACUUCACCACCAUCAGCCCUGAGGAGAUGGUGGCUUCAGAGGCCGUGGCAGUGGACUUUGGUAACUUCCACCUGGGCGUCAUGGCCUGGAUCAUCCCUGUGUUUGUGGGACUGUCCUGUUUCGGCUCCGUCAACGGAUCUCUCUUCACCUCCUCCAGGUUGUUUUUGGUCGGGUCACGAGAAGGUCACCUGCCCAUUCUGUUGUCCAUGAUCCACCCGAUCCUGCUCACCCCUCAGCCUUCACUCAUCUUCACCUGCAUAAUGACGUUGCUGUACGCAUUAUCCAGCGACAUCUUCUCUAUCAUCAACUUCUUCAGCUUCGUCAACUGGCUCUGCGUCGCCAUGGCAAUCAUCGGCAUGAUGUGGCUGCGAUACAAGAGACCUGAACUGGAGCGACCCGUCAAGGUGAAUCUUCUACUCCCGGUGAGUUUCGUGGUAGUGUGUGUCUUCCUCAUUGUGGUGUCAUUUUGGAAGACGCCCGUGGAGUGUGGCAUCGGCUUCGGUAUCAUCACCACUGGAGUACCCGUCUAUUUCUUUGGUGUUUGGUGGCAGAAGAAACCCAGCUGGAUCAUCAAUGGCAUCAGCUUGUUGACCGUGUUCUGUCAGAAGCUGCUGAACGUGGUUCCUCAGGACUCAUGAACUCAACCUAUUCUCCACUGCAACCCAAGCCGCUGUACCACCACUGAAGCAGUACUGGACAGUUAAUGUGUGUUCAUCUCAGGCUGAUCACUGUGAAUACUCUCUAACCUUUGACCCCUAACCUUGAU